ACAUCUUUAAUAAUUCGAAUAUCUCCAUCCGAUCCGGCCGCCGCUACGACCCCGGAGAAUCAUACUAAUUCGGGAAUUGUGGCAGCCGCGUGGCACUUUCACGAAUUCUCCGUCCAUAUCACCAUCAUGGCUUUCCUGAUGUGUAUGAUACUGCUUAAAGUGUUGUUUCAUCGUCUGCCUCACGUGUCUCACUACAUUCCCGAAUCCCUGUUGCUCAUCAUACUGGGUUUGGCUUUCGGUGCAAUUGUUCGGGAUAAUUCGCCCUCAUCGUGGAAACUGACACCGGAACUGUUCUUUCUCUAUCUACUCCCCCCGAUUGUAUUGGAGGCUUCCUACUCCCUGUACAAUCGUACAUUCAGUGAAUAUUUGGGCAUAAUUCUCCUGUUUGCCGUGUUGGGAACCAUACUGAAUUUCCUUAUUAUCGGUUUUGCAAUGUAUGGGCUAUACCGAGUUGGCGCGUUUGGUGGACCAGUGAUUGAUUUUGAUUUGAAAGGCAUGCUAUUAUUCAGUUCAUUAAUUGUAGCUGUGGAUCCGGUUGCUGUGUUGGCCAUAUUUCAAGAAAUUGGUGUUGAACUCAGUCUGUACUAUGUGGUGUUCGGUGAGUCAUUGUUGAAUGACGCAAUCACUGUCGUGUUGUACCACAUCAUGUCGGCAUUUGUCGGACAGGAUUAUGUGAGUGGACGCGAUAUCGGAGUCGGUGUGACCUCGUUUAUCACUGUGAGUUUUGGCGGUUUGUUGAUCGGUGUACUAAUUGGCGUACUGUCCUGUCUUCUAACCCGGAUCCGAAGUCAUUUGGGUGCAUUUAUUCUCAUUCUGAUGGCCUAUUUUUCCUACAUCAUUACCGAUUGUGUUGGCUGGUCCGGUAUCAUCGCCAUGAUCGGUUGCGGUCUGAUACAGGCCGCCUAUGCAUUUCACAAUCUGGAUCGAAAAUCGAUCAUUCUAAUGCAUCAUUUGACCAAAGUGGUUGCCGAAGUGUGUGAAUCGGUCAUAUUUCUGUUUCUCGGCGUCGCAAUGCUCUCGGAAAAUCUUGUCUGGCAUACGGGAUUUAUGCUUUGGGCCCUUGUGCUUUGUUUGUUUGCUCGAACGAUAGUCGUGUUUGGCAUGACCGCAAUCAUCAAUCUGGUGAAAGUGGACGGAACAAAGCUCAGCAUAAGAAAACAACUGGUGCUUAUCUACGGUGGGCUUCGUGGAGCGGUGGCAUUUUCCUUGGCCGUGCUGAUUUCACCGGAUCGCCNAGCCGCUCUGUUCAUUACCAUGUUCACUGUUGGUGUGAUGGGUGUGACCAUGAAACCGUUGGUCCGAUUGCUACAUAUCACACUUCAACCGCCGAAAAAAUUGAGCUUAUUCACCGUACUGAACAACAGCGUGAUUGAUGACACAAUGGCCGGGAUCGAGUUUAUUCUGGGCUAUACCGGUCGGAAUCGACUGCGUGCUUUUCUGAUGCGCAUUGACGAGAAAUAUGUGCGUCGAAUUUUGCAAAACGAUCCGGAAACGUAUGAUCAGAAACUGCUGAAAACGUACGGUGAGCUAGCCCUUAAGCUACAUUUUGCCGCUUUGCAGCCGAAGCAUUGUGAUAAGAUUCUUAGUGAGGUUCCGGAGGCCUUGAAACGACAAUUCUUCCUUGGUUCUAAUGCCAUGAUGAAUUCUACAGCUAGACUUGAGGAUGCGCCACAGGAAUUGGGAGAUGCCAAACAGUUGGAUGAAUGUCUGCGAAUGCAACGUCUGACUCAACUGGAUAAAGACGGAAGACGUCAGUUGGACUUUCGCGAGCAGUUCAGGCGAUCAGCUGCAAUGCGUACUCGAGGAAUGACCGGACCGACUUCGUCCGAGAGCCAAUCGACCAUGCUUUCGAUGAUGAAUGAUUUACAGCCAAGAUUGAGUGGUGGUCAAGUUUCAUUCGAGGUCCUCGGAUACGAAGUGAAUGAAGAUGAGGAUGACGAUGUAAAAGUUCAGUAUUGA